ACAUCUUUCUUAGCUGUCAUUGAAUUUUGUAAAAAUCGUAACGCAUACAUAGGUACUUUUUCUAAUUUAUUUUAUUGCGCAAAUACUCCAAAAAUCACUAUAGUACAAUAAAUCACAAUUUUUUAGAUUGAAAUAAAAGGAUGCUGCGCCAGCCGCUGACCAGGGCGCUUGCGCUGAGUUCUCCAUCCCGCGCUGUACCGCUAGCCGCCCGGCGAUAUGCCGAGGUAGUGCCACAGCCUGAUAAAGUAGAGGUGUUCAUAGAUGACAAGCCUGUUUAUGUACCACCUGGCACUACAGUAUUGCAGGCUGCAGCCCAAGUUGGUGUUGAGAUACCGAGGUUCUGUUACCAUGAGAGGCUAGCUGUUGCUGGCAACUGUAGGAUGUGCCUUGUGGAGGUCGAGAAGUCACCAAAACCAGUUGCAGCAUGUGCUAUGCCAGUUAUGAAGGGAAUGAGAGUGAAGACUAACUCGGAUCUGACGAGAAAAGCAAGAGAAGGUGUGAUGGAAUUCCUGCUGGUCAAUCAUCCUUUGGACUGUCCGAUUUGUGAUCAAGGUGGAGAAUGUGACUUACAAGAUCAAUCUAUGGCAUUUGGUUCUGAUAAGAGCCGGUUUACUGAUAUACAUUUCUCUGGAAAGCGGGCUGUUGAGGACAAAGAUGUUGGUCCUCUUAUCAAGACUAUAAUGACACGUUGCAUUCACUGCACGCGGUGCAUUCGUUUCGCCUCUGAAGUGGCUGGUGUUGAUGAUCUGGGCACCACUGGUAGAGGUACAGAUAUGCAGGUUGGAACAUAUGUGGAGAAAAUGUUUCUAUCUGAGUUAUCGGGCAACAUAAUUGACUUAUGCCCCGUCGGCGCUCUCACAUCGAAGCCCUACAGUUUUGUCGCUCGACCCUGGGAAACUAGGAGGAUUGAUUCCGUUGAUGUUUUAGACCCAUUGGGUAGUAAUAUCGUGGUUACAACGAGGACAAACGAAGUCUUACGUAUUCUCCCUAGGACUAAUGAGGAGAUCAAUGAAGAGUGGUUGUCAGACAAGUCUCGUUUUGCGUGUGACGGGCUGAAGCGUCAGAGACUGGUUACACCGUUGAUGACUGACAGUCGUGGCAAUCUCACGCCAGUGGAAUGGGAGGACGCCAUUGUUGCCGCUGCGCGUGCACUGCGCGAUUGCCCGCCUGAUAAGCUUUUAGCGGUAGCCGGUGACAUGGCGGAUGCGGAAUCGCUGGUGGCCCUCAAGGACCUGGUCAACAGGCUGGGCUCCGAGCUGGUUUGCACCGAGCAAUACUUUCCACUGGAAGGCUCCGGCAUUGAUCUACGUUCUACUUACCUCUUGAACACUGGCAUUGCUAACGUGGAGGAAGCCGACUUUGUUCUUCUGAUCGGUACUAACGUACGCUUCGAGGCGCCGCUACUCAACACCCGCAUUCGCAAAGCCUUCAUGCACAAGGAGACCGAUGUUGCACUCAUCGGACCUCAAGUUGACCUCACCUACGACUACAUGCACGUGGGUGACGCUGCAUCUAUAGUCAAAGAUCUAGCAUCAGGCACCAGUUCUCAUGAGGUGGUCCGCAAGUUGGAGCAGGCCAAGCGUCCCGUAGUGAUCCUCGGAGCUGACCAGCUGAAGACGUCAGAGGGCGCAGCGUUGCUUGCGUACACGCAGGAACUUGCCCUACGUCUGCAGGAUAAAUUGCAGGAUAAGGAGUGGAAGGUGCUGAAUGUGCUGCAGCGCACAGCAUCACAAGUAGCUGCUCUCGACAUCGGCUACAAGCCGGGUGUGGGCGCUCAUCUCUCUAACGCUAAGGUUGUGUACUUACUGGGUGCUGACAGCGGUGUUGUCACUCGCGAAAGCUUACCUAAAGACGCUGUUGUUAUCUAUCAAGGUCAUCAUGGUGACGUUGGCGCGAGUAUUGCUGACGUGGUGCUGCCUGGUGCUGCGUACACGGAGAAGCGUGCAACGUACGUGAACGCGGAAGGUCGUGCACAGCAGACCUUGCCCGCUGUCACAGCUCCUGGCAAAGCUCGCGAGGACUGGAAGAUCAUCAGGGCUCUUUCGGAGGUAGUUGGUGAACGUCUGCCUUAUGACAACUUGGAUGAGGUGCGUGAUCGCCUGAGUCAAGUCAGCCCGGCUCUUGUGGCAUACGGUGAUCUGCAGAACAAUAACUACUUCGCACAGGCAAGGGCACUCGCACAGAGCGUACAGAAGCCGAUGUCGGGCAAAUUGGAUGUGCAGCUGAAGUCUUUGGAGGAUUACUUCAUGACGGACGCCAUCAGCCGCGCUUCGCCCACAAUGGCCAAAUGCGUGCAGGCAGUACUCAAACAGAAGCAAGCCACGUAUUAAUAUAAUAUAUAAAAUACACACACUUUACACAAUACAUACAAAAUAUAGAUCGCAAUAUAACCAAACAAUUAAAUAGUAUAUAAAAAAAGAUUCCGACAUUUACAAAAAAGUAUUCCGAACGUAUUGCGAACUUAACUGCGUAUGCGCACGUUAACAUGACGUC